AUGCCACCAACAAUCCAUUCAAUGCCGGAGAAGAGAAAGUUCUCCUUCGACGUUGGGGACGCGGCAUUACCAGCCAGCAACGAGGUCUGCCACAGCUCUUCACCGAGGCACUGUUCCCCUCCUACUCCGUCUCUGAAGCGUCCCAAGAUUCAUAUUGAGCGUACCUCUCGAGCGACUAAACGUCAGUGCAAGUCUUGGAAUCCAUCGGUGCUUAAAUGGCUAGAGACAGAUCCUUCAAGCAUCAGAACCAGAAUCAUUGAUUGGGUUGACAUUCAAAAAGCGCCCUUGCCAACCAACCUGUCUCCAGCGACCUAGACGACCUGUCCGUCGAGUACAAAGCACAUCGACCAAGUAUCGAAGAGGAAGAGCAAAGCCUCAGUGCGAAUAGCUUGCACCUAUUUCCAGAUGACUCGGUCGAUUCCGACAUGUCGGAGUCCUUGGUCGGGUCCAGUCAGACCGCUCCACUGUGAUCAAACCCACUGACGGUGAUUUCGAGACCUUACUCAAAGAGCGAGGCAUUUACUCCCUAUCCCACAAUGCACCAGGGCCUAAAAAUAUCGCUGAGAUAAACGGUGCUCUA